AUGCACCAGCUGAAGGCUUACAUCACGCAGUUCGUGCACGGUAUUCGGAUUUUGCUAUUUGCUCGUGUGGGGGUAUAUCGCAGAUUUGUCAAUGACCCGCAACACGGACACGGUCCGCGCCGGCGGUGGUGGGUGGCGAGGAGCUGGUACGACUAA